CAACUAAGAAGAAAGAAAAAUGUAAGUGAAGUUGGUGGUGCAAGAUGGGAAUAUUAGAUCACCUAUGUAGUGCGAUGUAUCAGGCAAGCCAGAAAUGAUGCCUAAGGAGAAGAGCCUUCGUAAUUGCGUCGGCUUCCCAUCUCGAUUCGAUUAGCGGUGGAUCAGGACCUGCGUCCAUGAUCCUUUUUCUCACGUUUUCGUCGACGUUUAACACUCUUACCGUAGGGCUCGUGGACCUAAGAAGCACUUGAAGCGCCUCCAUGCGCCGAAGCACUGGAACAUCGGAAAGAUGGGAGGUGUCUGGGCCCCCAGACCCUCCACGGGACCUCACAAGCUCCGUGAGUGCCUGCCCAUUGCUAUUAUUCUCCGUGAACGUCUCAAGUAUGCCUUGACCGGAAAGGAGUGCCAGCAAAUCUGCAUGGAACGUUGCGUCCAGGUCGACGGAAAGGUCCGAACCGAUGCCAACUACCCUGCAGGGUUCAUGGACGUCAUUGAGAUGCCCAAGUCGAACGAUCGGUUCCGUCUUCUGUACGACGUUAAGGGACGAUAUGUCCUUUGCCGACUUGACCGCGAGGAAGCUCAGUACAAGCUUUGCAGAAUCAACAAGGUUUUCGUUGGUGCCAACAAGGUCCCUUGCGCCGUCACACACGACGGACGCACCCUCCGAUACCCCGACCCUGAUAUCAAGGUCAACGACACCGUGAAGGUUUCGAUUGCCACAGGAAAGGCCUCGGACAUUUUCGCAUUCGGAUUGGGAUCUAUGGUCAUGAUCACCAAGGGUCAUAACUGCGGACGUGUUGGUACUCUUAUGCACGUCGAAAAGCACGAUGGUUCUUUCUCCAUCGUCACCGUGAAGGAUAACAAGGGUAACACCUUCGCAACACGACUAAGCAACGUUUUUGUCAUCGGAAAUGGACAAAAGCCUGAAAUCACCCUUCCUAAGGGACGUGGUAUCAAGAAGACCAUCCUUCAAGAACGUGCCGAAGCCGAAGCUGCCGGACGCAUCUAAAUUAGAAUUAUAAUAGUCGAGUAAAAUCCCCUUUAUCCA